AUGACUGAAGCCAAACCACAGGCCCCUAAGGAAGGCCAAGAUUCGCAGGAGAUAUUUUUCUCCACCGGUAGAGGAGGUGCAGGUAACAUGGGGAAAGGAGAGUCCCUGCCUUCUCCAAAGCUCGAACCCCAGAGGUCUCGCAUCUCUACCAAUGAGAAUGAACUGUCUCCGAUUUACAGCACUGGGCGUGGUGGAUUCGGAAACAUGCAGAACAAGAAGGAUAUAGGGGAAAUGGCACACCUGGACGAAGAAAUGGGCAUUGCUCCUGUUCACUCAAAGAAGAUGAGUGAGCAACAACAGCAUGUUGCUGUUGGUAGAGGUGGUUAUGGUAACGUCUUAACGGCGUCACAGUCAAGAGGAUUAGAAGAUAGAGAGGAAACUUCUGAAGACGCCAAACCUCGUAAUGGAAAUGGUUUCUUCCGUAAGAUCAAAAAGCUCUUUAGUUAG